CCCUCUUUCCCAGCCACCUGUCUAGUGGGCAGAAACGGCAGCGCCGGAGCGCAGAGCGGAGCGCGCCGAAGCCUGAACGGGUGAGGGGGCCGGGUCUGCGAGGGUGGAGGGGGCUGCAGUGCGGGAAUCUCGCUCCAGGAAGAGCGGAAGACUCAAGCUCCUGGUUUGUCCAGAGAGAGGGAGAGCAGGAGUCCCGACUCCUGGAUCCCUGGGACCCCGCAGCGGCCAUGGGGACGCGCAGCAACCCAGACGAGGGGACCCCGCCGCCAGAGUGCGACGCAGACAUCCUAUCUCAAGAGACCACUCGGCCUCAGGAGCACCCCGAGGACCCCCGCGAGCAGGAGGUGCCCGAGGCCCCUGCAGAGCUUCCGAGCGCCCAAAGAGUGGAGCAGCAGACGGAGGAAGAGGAAGAAGUGGGAGAAGGCAGCAGCACUGAGAGCAGCCGCGAUGCGGCCGAGGCUCCGCCUCCCGUUCAGACUCCGGCCACGCCCCCCGCACCCACCCAGUCUGGGGAAGGGGUGCGAGGGGCGGCACGGCGGCUUCGAGCACAGCAGCUGGAGGCACUGACUCGUGUGGCCUUGAUGGAGCAGCGAGUGAAGGAGCUACAGCGUCAGCGGAAGGAGCUGAGGAUCGAGAUGGAGGUGGAGGUGGCCCUGCUGCGGGGUGAGCUGGCUGGAGAGCGAGUGGCCGCUCGGCGGGAGGAGGAGCAGCUUCGGGAGCUGCUGGGGCAGCAGGUGGACGCAGAGCAGGGCGGCCAGGAGCAACAGGAACAGGGUCAGAAGAGGCUGAGCCAAGAGCGGGCUCGUGUAGAGGGUCUUCGCCAAAGACUCCGGGAGGCCCAGGGACAGCUUGACUUGCAGCCGGAAGACCAGCGCGAGCGGCUUCUACAGAGAGUGCAGGAGAUGAGAGAACAGCUGGACGUGGCCCAGCAUGCCUACGAGGACCUGGAGUUCCAGCAGCUGGAGCAGGAGAGCCGGCGGGAGGACGAGGAUCGCGACAACCCCGGGACCCGGGCGCGGGACCCCAAGAUCCAGGAACUUCAGGCCAGCGUGGCGCAGCACAGGCGCCGGAUCCAGGUCUUGGAGGAGCAGCUCAAGUUGCUGGGGGAGCAGAUGGCGGCUGAGACCCGGGGACUGAGCCGGAAGAAGGAGGAGGCCCUUCAGGCCCUGACGCAGGAACGGAGCCGCCUGCUGGAGCUCAGUCACCUUCAGGGAGCCCCUGGUGGGGACUUCCCUGAGUCCAAACAGGCCCUCACUAAGCUCCUGUUCACCCAGAAAACAGACCGCCAGUUGCUGGUUCUCCAGGACCCCACUGCCCACUCUGCCGCCGCCACCUCUUCCUGCCUCUUCUCCGUUCACAGCUCCCUCCAGGGCUCCAUUGGCCUGCAGAGGACGGGAAGCCUGACACGGAAGAGGGGAGAGAGAGGGAGCCAGAGGGGAUCCCCACGGCCUCUGUCCCUCCAUUGUACUGGAGCCCUGGAGGCCUCGGCCCUCCCACCAGCAUCAGGAGACUCUGGGAGACACCCCCUCUAUCAGCUGCUGAACUGUGGCCCUGGGAAUAGGAAGGGACCAGGAGGAGCACGGAAGGUUCCUCGGGCCCCGCUGUACCUGCCAUCAUGGUCAGUCCCCCUCCACCCCGCUCUGUCUGGUCCCCUGGCCUCUGCCCUUUCUCAUCUCCCCCAUCCUCUCCUCCAGUGGCACAGAAAAGUGUCCCCAGCUUGGCAAGGAAAGGGGGACUCAAAAGAUCUAGUUUCUGUUUCCCUCAGGGUCGUCUGUCUCCAUGGCAUGUCCUCGGGUGACAUGCUCGGUUUUCUGUGCCUCAGUUUCCUCUCCUGUAAGUGGGUGACAGUGUGAGCACUUACUGUAGAAUGAGGGUAACCACAUGCUGGAGCUUUUAAAUACUAUUUUAAAUUCUGUUUUACUUGUUUGAUUGCUUUAAAAAAACUUUUAUUACAGAAAUAGCCAAGCAUGUUCAAAGAUAGAAUAGAUUAAUAAAUGCCCCAUAUACCUACCACACAGCUCAAGGUUAUCAAUAUUGAAUCUUGUUUUCCUUGCCAACUUUGUUGUACUGAUUCCUCCUGUAUUUUAGAGCAAAUUCCAGGUAUUGUAUCAUUUCAUCCAUACCUCACUAUGUGUCUCCAACAGACAUGCUUUUUUUUAACGUAAGAAAAAUUCCACUGUCAUACUUUAUGAGAUUAUUAAAAUUCUGAAACAUUCUAAUAUAUAGUCCAUAUUCACGUUUCCCUAAUGAUCUCCAAAAUGUCUUUUUAAAGUUGGUUAUUUGAAUCUGGAUCCAAACAAAGCACACACGAUGCAUGUAGUUAAAACGUCUCUUAAAUCUCUGAGAUGGGGGGAAGGUAUAGCUCAGUGAUAAAGCUCCUGCUUACCAUGGAGGAGGUCCUGGGUUCAAUCCCUAGUACCGUCAUUAAAAUAAAUAGAUAAGUAAAUAAAUAAAUCUAAUUACCUACCCCCCUCGAAAUUUUUUUUUUAAAUUUCUGAAAUCUGCUCCCUCCCCCACUUAAAAAAGUGCCAUUUGUUCAUGGACAAAGUCACUUAUCCUGUAGAGUUUCUCGUAUUCUGGAUUUAGCUGACAGCUUCUUAUUAAAAUGUUAUUUUUACCUCCACUAAUAGCACGGAUACUUUUUUGUUAUAACAAGCACUAUAGAAUUUGGGAACGUGAAGGUCUCCCUUUGCCCUGCUGGAAGUGCAGGUGUUUUCUAUUGUUGAGAAGCCUUCAGAUCUUUUUUUCUACUUUUCCAGACACCAAUCAGACCAUAUUUUGUGAACUUAUUUUCCUUGUAAACGAGCACAUUGUUCCCAACCUUGUUUUCUCAGCCAUUUGGCCUUUCCCUAUUUAUUUCAACCCAAUAUUUAAGGAGUGCUUACCAUGUGGUAGACCCUGAGUGACAGCAGUGACCAAAGUGACAAUCCCUGCCCUCGGGGAAGCUGUGUGUAGCGGGAAAAUAGACAAAAAGCAGCAUCAAUAAGUAAAACAAGUAGCAGUUCAGGUGCCGUUAAGAGCCAGGGAGAGAAAUAAAGCAGGAAGGCAGGUGGAGCCUUCUGGGUUGUCAGGCCUAAGCUCUACCUCAUUAAAAAUGAAGCACUCGCUGUGUAACAUCAUCACUUAUUAAAUAGCCCGCCCUGUGUUGUGUGCAUUGUCCCCCCCGCCACCGCCCCCUUACACCUCGGGCUGCCUUCUUGUAUGCGUAAGCAAGUGUGUCUUUGGGAUUCAUGGCUGGAAUCAGAAUGGCCAGGUCAGAAAGCCUGAUGGGAGUUUCCUUCUCUGUGAAAUGAGGACAGUUGUUUGGGAGAGGCAAUGAGGUUAUCACUUGGCAUGGUGCCAGACACCUAGUGGAACCUUCCAUACAUGGAGAACCUUAGGGUUACUGUGCAGAUUUGGUGAGAUGACCCCAGGGGUGCCCUUUAAGCACCCCUUCCCCUCCUGUGCAUUCCGGGCUCCUCCCCACUUCCCCUCCUCACUCUCCUCUGUCUCCAUCCAAUGAGUCUCACCUCUGUUUCUCAUCCCUUCUUGCUUUGGCCUUGCUUCGGUCUUUUCAGCCCCCAGUACUCAAAGUGUGGUCUGUGGACAAGUAGCAUCGGGGUCCCUGUGCAGACUGAAUCCGAGUCUGCAUUUUUGCAAGAUUCCUGUAGGGUCCACUUGCAUGCUGAAGCCUGAGGUGUACUGCUCUGAGCCUCAGCGUGGCCACGGGGAUCUUACCAUUCUUUGCAGGGAUGAUUUGGGAAGAACAGGUAUAAUCAGGCCGGGCCUCAGAGCAGUAGACACUUUCAUGGCCUUAAUUCUUCUCCCCUUUAUGGCCACCUGAGAUGACCACUCUGCCUGGGGAGUCCUGGCUCAGUCAGCUCUGGCUGUGUGCCUUGGGCCUAGUUACUUAACCUCUCUGAGUCUUGGCUUCCACAUCUGUAAAAUGAUGUACUUACCCUCCAGGAGAGUUUGAAGGGGCAGAGGGAUUAUACCUUAUAAAGUGCUUAGCACAGGUAAUAAUCACUAAUUUCAUCACAACAAGAAUAAUGUCAUCAGCAAUAAUAAUAAUGGAAACAGUGCUCUAAUUUAUUAAUCACUCACUAUUUGGCCCCUGUUUUACAGAGGCAGUAGGUCCCACCAGGGUCCCUUACUUCUGUGACAUGCCUCUAGUGUUUCAGGGUCAGUACUAGGGUCAGGAAGACCUGGGUUUGCAUCCCAGCUCUGCCACUGUGUGACCUUGGCUGGGUUAUUUUCCUUUUCUGUACCUCCAUGUGAAGGAGGUUCUGUAUUCUCCAUCUGAAGAAUGGGGCUCAUAGUAGCCCUGUCCCAAGGGUGGCCGUGGGGAGUCAAGGAAUUGAUGCUGGUAAAGCCCCAGGCAAUGUCAGUCAAUUAGCGCAGCUGUUGGAAAUAUCACCUUGAUCAUCAUUGUUGAUGUUCCUGUUUAAAGGCCAUGCCUAGCCUUACACUGGAGCUACAGGACCCCCUCCUGACCCUAUGACAUCAGCUGUCCCAUUCUCUUCCCU